CGUCUGCAGUGGUUGGAGUAUCAUUUGAAGAAGUAAAGCGGGAAGCAGCCUAACAGAAGGAACGACCGAACGGAGACUCUCAGAAAAUGAAUGAACUGGAGGACGUCAGCCAACAUAUUCAUGACAAAAUAUCAUCCUUACAAUGUAUGCUGGAUCUGUCAGUUAUUGAAUUGCCUCAGAAUAAGAUUAAGAAACUUGGACAGGAACUCUUUGCACUCGAGAGACUUCUGGAGGAAUUUGAAAAAUGUGUUGACCAACAGAAAGAGCAACUUGAGCAUCUGAAGGAACUUGAGGUGCUCUCGCAGAAGGAUCUGGAGGAUUUGCAGCACAUGAAGGACAACAUACCUCCACACCUUCCCAGGAAGAUGGACACAGUCAGUAGAAGGGAACCUGGAAUGAACCACAAUGAAGCAGCAGAUAUUCAACCCCAAGCAGAAAAUGUUAAAACAACCAAAAAAAUCUUUGUCAGAGAGAUGGAGUUCAUCACUAUGUCAGAGUUUGAGGGCAUCCCUCAGUACAUGAAAGGACGUGUAUCAUAUGACCAGCUUAAUGCUGCAGUACACAGCAUAAAUGCUGCUGUAACAGCCAAGUACAAGAUCCUCCAUCAGUCAGUGAAAACUCUGAAUAAUCAUGCACGCAAGCUGCACCAGCGCUUUAAGGACCAGGAGACCAAGGACACAAAAGGUCAGCAUUUUGUUGUGGAGGAGGACAUUCGUGAAUUUACCCAGACAAAGGUGGAUAAACGAUUUCAAGGGAUUCUGAACAUGCUGCGACACUGUCAGCGCCUGCGGGAGCUCCGAGGGGGAGGGCUCACCCGCUAUAUGCUAGUGUGAAAAAAAACAGAUGAAUUAAGUUUUCCUUUAGCUUCUUUGUUUCUUCAUUGUGUUCACAUAGUAAGCCAACAUAUUUCUAAAUGUGUAUAUUUUCUGCAAAAUUGUUGUGACAACAGUGUGAGACAGCUGUCAAAUAUUUGGAAGACUACAUUGUGUACACUGUCACACUGUACUUAUGAUUUGAUUAGUAAAAUGAGUUAUAUUGACUACCCACUUGUCAGAUUUAUGUUUGAAUAUGCUUUGAUUUGCCACCUACUUGUGCACUUAGUCUGGCAAAUGUAUGUAUGUUUUGGUGUACUAUAAAACUACAAUAAAAUUCUAAAUAAAGUAA